AUGAAGCUCGCCCGGGCCAUCCACCUCCUCGGCCUCCUCCCGGCAGCCCUGGCCGUCCAACUGCAUGCCGGCGUCCAGCUCAACGAGAACAACUUCGACUCGACCAUCCAGCACGGGUUAUGGUUCCUCGAAUGCUACUCACCGUUCUGUCCCCACUGCAAACACUUCGCACCAACAUGGAUACAGUUGGUGGACAAGAUGAAACACUAUGAAGCUGAAGGACUGAAGAUGGGCCAGGUGGACUGCAUCGCACAGGGCGACCUGUGCAUCCGAUUAAGCGUUGAUUUCUACCCCCAGAUGAAGCUAUACGAGGACGGGAAACAUGUCGAAUCUUACAAUGGCGAAAAGGAUAUCCCGGCGCUCGCGAAGUACCUCGAGAAGAAAGUAGAGGAGUACCAGUCCAAGCACAAGAAGCCGGCCGAGCCAGUCGCCACGAUUGACCCCCAGCCGGCGGUCGCUGAUCAACCAGGCUCGGCUGCGCAGACCCCGGUCCACGCCGAGCCACAGCACCCCUCGCCGCCCUCGCCCGACACCCAUCCAUCCGUCCAUCCCGCCCCGCCCGCCGCCCCGCUCCCCGUCUCCGAACACCCUGCCCACACCUCUGCUCCCGCUCCUCAGACCGAUACCCCACUCAAGACCCCCAAUCCGCUCGGCCAGCUCGUCACGCUGGACAAGGACAACUGGAGCUCCUUCACCAAAGCAGCCCCGCACCUCCCCAUCCUCGUCCAAUUCCAAACCGCCUGGUGCAAAGAGUGUCGCACGUUGGUUCCUGUUUGGGAAGAAACUGCACGGCUAUUGAAGGAUCAAGCCAACGUGGCCCAGAUCGACUGCGAAUCGAAGUGGAACAAGGAGAUCUGCACCGUCGAAAACAUCCGCCAAUUCCCCUUUUUUGUCUUAUACCAUGAUGGAACUAAGCUCGACUACUCAGGACCGAAAGUGGCUUCCUCGAUGGCCGAAUUCGUUCGCAAGGCCGUCGCCACGCCCGGCUCGCACGAGAUCACCAUGCGGGAGUUCGACGAAGCGUUACAAAAGAAGAACCUCUUCUUCUUAUUCCUGCACUCGAGUGGGACGCCGAUCACGGUAGUUGAUGCGGUGCGGACGGUCGGGAAGGGAUUUCUGGGCUCGGCAGAGAUCCUAAAGUCGGACAGUCAGGCGAUCUACGAGCGGUUGAAGCUGCCGUCCUCGCACGCCUAUCUGCUCGUGUUCAAGGAAUACGAGCGAGUGCCAUGGGCGAAGUUAGAGCUAGAGGAAGACGCGGGAAGCCCCCAGGAACGGGAGGGGCCGAGGGCGCGCCAACAGAAGCUGACGCAGGCCGUCCAGCACUGGAUCACCGUGCACUCGAUCCCCCUCCUGGCCGAGCUCGACCAGCAGAACGUCCACCGGGUCCUCAACUCCGGCGCCCGCAAGCUCGUCGUCCUCGUCGCCCUCUCCGGCAUCGUCGCCCAGCACGCCCACAUCGACCUCCAGAAAUCCAACCCCAAGUCGGUCGCCCUUCGGGACGAGGUCAAGCUCUGGGCCGUCCAGUGGCGCAAGAGCCAACACGCCAGGGCCGUAGACAUGCCCAUCGACUGGGUCUGGGUCAACCCCGAAGCUUGGGCCCAUUGGCUCUACACCUCCUAUGGCCUCCUCCUCCCCCGUCCUUCAGACGAUCCCAAGCUCUCCAGCGCCAUCAUCGUCGUCGACCCCCACCACCAUCGGUACUACGACCGCCAAGAAAACGGCGUCACGCUCGCUUUUAAACCUACCUCCGUCUUCCAGACCCUGCUGGCCAUCGAGAUGCACAAGCUCUCGGGCAAACUCGCCGGCACAUUCUGGAGCCGUCUUGCUUGGCGAUCCCAUCUAUUCGUGCAUUCAAUGAGGUUCAUGUUGGAGCCGCGAUGGAUAAUGGUGUGGAUGGUGGUGAUGGGGCUGGUUGGCUACUGGCUCAAGAGCUCCCAUCCGCGCCGCCCGCCGGGCUCCAGCUCGCUCUCUCCGCAACCCGCGAAGCCGUUCCUGCACGCCUCGUCCAGCGACCCGGCGCCCUCCAAGCCGCCCGGCUUCGCCACCGUCUUCGGCCUCAACUCCAACGUCGCCCUCAAGGCCGACUAA